AUGGAGGCAGACUGGACAGUGCCCAGGAACCUGUCAAUAGCAAAGUCAGUGCAGUCCUGGAGGAUGCCAGCCUCACUCCCAGAGACAGACAGACGGCACAGAGCUUCAGCAGCAUUUUCUCUCAGUUUUCUCUCUUUAGUCUUCUCUAUUACAGCAUUCAGUAGCAGUUACUGGUGUGAAGGGACAAGAAAAGUUGCCAAACCUUUCUGUACAGGAGAGAGCAAGGGGGAUCUUUGCAUCCGCUUCAACAGCCCUGAUGCCAACAACAGCCAAGCUGUGCAGUAUAUUUGGGAGACAGGAGACGAUAAAUUCGUUGAGCGAAAGUUUCAUGCUGGGAUUUGGUAUUCCUGUGAAGAAAUGAUAAAUGAAGAAGGUGAGAAAUGUAGAAGCUUUAUCAGUCUGACUCCAGCUUCUGAUCGAGGGGUUUUAUGGCUGUCUAUUGUAGCAGAGCUUCUCUACGUCAUUUUGCUUCUGACAGGAAACAUUCUUAUGUCAGUAGAAAUGUGCUACUACAGUUCUGUCAUUGACGGGCUAAAGAUCAACGCCUUCUCUGCAGUAGUCACCGUAUUAGCAGGUCUUCUGGGUAUGGUUGCUCACAUGAUGUACACAACUGUAUUUCAAAUGACGGUAAAUCUUGGUCCUGAAGACUGGAGACCUCACACAUGGGAUUAUGGCUGGUCUUAUUGCCUCGCAUGGGCUUCCUUCGCUUGCUGUAUGGCUGCAGCUGUCACCACUAUUAACAAAUACACAAAAACUAUUUUGGAAUUCAAGCACAAAAGAAAAAAGUUGGAAAGGAGUUUAAAGAUUAAAUACAAGUUUCCUGACCAUACAGUUCCAGAGAAAGCUUGCAAUGUGUAUGUGAACUCUUUUCAAAACACCACGGAGGACCCCACGCACGCAAUAAGAGGCUUGCGUCACCUGGCCACUAUUUCAGUUCUGUAAAGCUGAACCGAAUCUAUAGGCAUUCUGUAAAUUAUAAUGUUAGAUCCAAAUGAAACAGUAUUAAUGAA